GGCUGAUGCCACUCAGAUGAUACUUUCGAGCUUACAGGCUGUGGCGUUCGACGUGUCUUAUUCACACUUCAGCUCUCCAACUGAAGCCAUCAACAGUCAGCUCGUAUCUGCGCUUGCGGAAUUCUGCCUAUCUAUUGCUCGUGUAACUUGUGCUUCCAUUUACCUUCAUUUAGAUGCCAUCGAUAGUUUCGGGGAAAAACUACUUAAAGAUCUAUUCUUCUCAUCAUCAUCUCUCGUCCAUCUCACCACAUAGCUCACCUUCAUCCAUUACUUCAAAGAACCAAGCAUUCCAAAGCAAAUUUGCAGUCAUGGGUCUCCCAAUCACUACCUCCGCCUCAAUUAGCGUCCCAGAGGCCAACUCCUUCGGAGCCACCGUCCUCCAGCCACAAAGCGACCACAACUCCAACGGCCGUGGCGGCUGCCCGUACCUCGCCAACGCCCACAACAACGGCACUCCGGAUACGACCCAUGCCAACAUCACUCAACAAGUAACGCCAGCAGCACCAGCCCCGCCGUUGGGAAUCUUGAAGAAGCUGGAGAACCGCACCUUCACCGGCAGGGGCUUCAACACUAUCUUCCGCCCUCACAGCACCACCUCUCCUACUGUAUUGCACGUCACUCCCGUGUUGAAGCCGCCCUUCAUCCCGGACAACAUCCUCCAACUCAACAUCACGCAUGAGACUCAAGUGUUCGCUCCCGGUCUCGGAGAUGUUCCCAACCGUGGACUGAUGGAGCAGGAAGACAUUGAAUUGAACGGCGUUCCUUACACGCAGACCAUUCAUGAUAUCACAGAGGCGAAGACGAAACCUCCCGUCAUCCACUUCGAGCCCGGUCUCUGGAUGCACGUUCCCGCGACCACUAUCCCCAACCUCAAGACCUCUCUUGCUCGCAUGGCUUCCAUCCCGCACGGCACCACUAUCAAUGCCCAGUGCUUCUCAGAGCCAUCCUUCAGCCGUGGGAAACCAAUCAUCCCCAAAGUCGACAUCACUCCUACCAGGCUCGAUAACGGCGACCAAAUCCAUUUCCCUAGUCAAGACGUAGAAGACCCUGCCACCUUCCGCCUCCCCCAAGACCUCCAUCCGUUCUUGCAAGCCCGUACAAUCACCAAAGAAAUGGUCAAGGACCCCAACAGCGUCCUGGAGCUGGCCAACAAGGGUAAAGAUAUCAUCGAGAACACAUCCUACAAGAUCACAACCAAGCCCGAGGGAACCAACCUCGGCGGCGGCACCUCCAACAUCGGCUUCCUCGUCGGCGACGGCGAACAAGCCCUCGAACUCCCCCGCCGCGCCAACGCAAACGCCACUGGCAUGGAAGCCCAGUACUGGAUAUCCACCGUCCGCACAAAGAUCCACCUUGAGCCGUGGAAGGGACCCUCGGAGCACCAGCGGUGCAAGCACUUCUCUCCGCUGCCCCUCCGCGAGGGUGAGGAGGUGCCCGUCUUUGAGGUCCACUUCCCGAUCCCGCAGGCAAAGACGGUGACCGUGGAGUACACCCAGCUCCAGUACACGCAGAACGUCGCGCUGGACUUUGCAACGCUCCGCUGGCCGCAUGUUACUGUUGGUACGCUUAUUCAGACAAGUCCCAUCGUGUUGCAUGCUUCCAUUUUGAACCAGAAGGAGUGAGCUUAGAACUUGUAUCUGGGGAUUCGACCAUGUUUACGAGCCAAUUACUUGUUAAGGAUUUCUUUUGUACACUCGGGACGGCAUGGGCUUUAUUGACUGGGCUCAUGAAAAAGGAUACUUGUACCGCAGAAUGAGAGAGCUUGCUGACAGCGGCGGAGAAGUUGAGCUAGCCGGGGUAUGUCGCACAGAGAGCCACCUAAUACAAUUCGAUAUCCAGC